GGGACGGGCUGGGCGCCGGAAGGGCGGGGUGGGGGCGGAAUCUGGGGCGGAGCUCCACGCAGAAAGGCUGGGAAGUGGGUUUGAGAACCUGUGGCCCGGCUCUCUGCGCGUCCCCGUCCCCCCGUGGCCCUAGCCCCGGCCAUGAAGCGCAUCUUCUCCUGCUCCAGUUCACAAGUGGCGGUGGAGAAAUGGAACCGUCGUGAUCAGAAGCUGCUGGAGGCCGUGCAGCGGGGGGAUGUGGGACGCGUGGCUGCCUUGGCCGCUAGGAAGUCAGCCCGGCCCACCAAGCUGGACUCAAAUGGCCAGUCCCCGUUUCAUCUGGCGGCCUCCAAAGGCCUGACGGAGUGUCUGACAAUACUGCUGGCAAACGGGGCUGACAUCAACAGCAGGAAUGAGGAUGGAAGCACCGCCCUGCACUUGGCCACCAUCUCCUGCCAGCCACAGUGUGUUAAGGUCUUGCUGCAGCAUGGCGCUAAUGAAGAUGCUGUGGAUGCAGAAAACCGCAGUCCCUUACACUGGGCAGCCUCCUCUGGCUGUGCCUCAAGUGUCCUCCUGCUGUGUGACCACGAAGCCUUCCUGGAUGUACUGGACAACGAUGGACGCACGCCCCUGAUGAUUGCAUCGCUGGGCGGUCAUGCGGCUAUCUGCUCACAACUGCUGCAGAGAGGUGCCCGAGUUAAUGUUACAGACAAGGAUGACAAAUCAGCCCUGAUCCUGGCCUGUGAGAAAGGCAGCGCUGAGGUGGCUGAGCUGCUCCUGAGCCACGGAGCAGACGCUGGAGCAGUGGACAGCCUGGGGCACAAUGCUCUGCACUACGCACUGCGUACACACGACAAGGAGCUGUGGGGGCUGCUACAGCAGGCCCUGAACCGGCGGCGGAGAGGCGGUCACGGACUGGUUCAACACCCAGAUCAUGCAUCUCAGGCUCCUCCACCUGAGCCUCAGGUGGGAUCUCCACCUAAGAACUCACGGAUAGCAGGGCCCGAGGAAGAGGAGGAGGAAGAGCGGGGCUCAGAAUGGAAGCGGAAGUAUGAAGAGGAGCAGAGGAAAGUGAGUCAGUUGGAGCAGGAGCUGGUGCGGAAGACGGAAGAGUGUAAAGCUCAAGCUGCAGCCUUCCUAGGCCUGGAGAACCAGAUUCGAGAGCAAGUGCAAGAACUGGGGCAUCUCCUAUUGCAAGAGCCCGGGGCUGCCGGAAGACAGGGCCCGGGUCUCCGGCCUGGAGGAGAUGGUAUGGAGCAGGGUUGUCCUCUGAAUCUGCUGGCUGAGCGAAUCCAAGAACUAAAGAAGCAGCAGAAAGCAGCGGCCACAGUCAAUCCAACAGUAGCUCCCAGGGGAGCUGAAGAGUUAGCCCCAGCAGAGAUUCAGUAUGAAGUCCAUAGAAAAUCCCAACCAGAACAGGGGCCGCCCCAGAGCCCAAAGUCUCAGGCCAUCGAGAAAGCCACGGGACAGCGACUGAACACCAGUGGGGGACAGAACCUUGGCCUCGAUAACACCGAUAACACCGACCAGGUGUGUGUUGGCCAGAAGGAGAGGUCCCCGGCCCCAGGGAUUGAACAAGCGGGCCCAGUAGGAGAACCGGUGGGCAUAGCAGCCGUGAACCAACUCCUCCUACAGCUAAGGGAAGAGCUGGCUGCCGUGUGGCGAGAAAAGGAUGCAGCCAGGGGGGCUUUGUCAAGACCAGUUCUGGAGGGAGCCCUGGGGACUCCCAGGGCUGAGGCUGCAGCCGCUGCCUGGGAGAAGAUGGAAGCCAGGCUGGAGAGGGUGCUGGUGAGGCUGGAUCGAGCGAAAGCGGGACUGCAGGUGAAACCCGAGGUCUUUGCCCAGGGGACCAGAGAGGGAGCCCCCAAAGCAGUCCCGGGAUGCCCUAAAGAGCACGAAGAAAAGAGGGCUCCUGGAGCCAGAGGAGAACCCCUCGGGGCCCCUGGAGGAGAACAGGCCUCAGGAGGAGGACAGGCGAAGGGGCACCUGGAGAAAGAGGUGUCAGCGCUGAGACUGAGCAACAGCAACUUGCUGGAGGAACUGGGAGAGCUGGGGCGCGAGAGGCAACGCUUGCAAGGAGAGCUGCAGUCCUUGACCCAGAGACUACAGCGGGAGUUUGUGCCCAAGCCUGAGGCGCAGGUCCAGCUACAGCAGUUGCGGAGGAGCGUCGGGUUGUUGACAGAGGAACUGGCCAUGGAGAAGGAGGCUACAGAGAAGCUGCGCAAGCGACUGGCUUCCCAGAGCAGCGCCCUCCAAGGACUGUGGAACUGUCUGCCCCCAGACCUCGUGGGCAAGGGGAGUGCACGGAGUACAGCUGCAGAACCCCUGGAGGAGCUGCAGACCUGCAUCAGCAUCCUGGUGGAUAGGCACCUGGAGACCCAGCAGGCGCUGGCUCGCUUGGAGGAGGAAAACCAGCAGCUGAGAGGAUCCUUGUCCCCCAGUGGGGAGCUAGAGGCCUCCCUGAAGGCUACAGCAUCCCCCCAAGUGGCCGCCCUGGAGCAAGAUCUGGGGAAGCUGGAGGAAGAGCUGCGGGCAGUGCAAGCCACGAUGAGCGGGAAGAGUCAGGAGAUCUGCAAGCUGAAGCAGCUGCUCUACCAAGCCACAGAGGAAGUGGCCGAGCUGAGGGCCCGGGAAGCAGCCAGCCUGCGGCAGCACGAGAAAACGCGAGGCUCGCUGGUGGCCCAGGCGCAGGCUUGGGGCCAGGAGCUCAAAGUUGUGCUGGAGAAGUACAAUACAGCCUGCCGGGAGAUGAAUCGGCUGCGGGACACCGCGGCGGAGGAGCGUCGCCGCAGCGAGGACCUAGCGGCUCGGGCGGCCGAGCAGGAGCGCCAGGCGGGCGAGAUGCGCGGGCGCUCGGAGCAGUUCGAGAAAACCGCCGAGCUGCUGAAAGAGAAGACAGACCACCUCAUCGGGGCUUGCCGGGACAAGGAGGCCAAGAUCAAGGAAUUGUUAAAGAAGCUGGAGCAGCUUUCUGAAGAAGUCCUGGAGGUCCGGGGGGAGAAUACCCACCUGGCCCUCCAGCUGCAGGAUUCCCAGAAGAGCCACGAGGAGACCAUCUCCACCUACAGGAACCAUCUGCUGAACGCUGCUCGGGGCUACAUGGAACAAGAUGUGUACAAUAUCCUGCUUCGAAUCCUCAGCAUGCAGGAGUGAGGCAGACUCUGAGCACCCUCAGAGAUGAUGGCCUUUCCUUUUUGGAGUAAGGGCACUCACCGCCUGGUUCACAGAGCCUCUAUCAAGCUGUGGUGGGCGGGCGGGCGGGCGGGUGCCAUUGCCCACUAGGGGUGGUGUGGGUCGGGCUUCACUGGGCACACGGACCCCAGACCUGAAAACCUGGAUCCUGGAAUCAGCACAGAACAGAAUUAUGGAUGUAAAACCAGCUCCGUGGAGAAUAAAGCAGAAAGACGGA